AUCACGCAAGGGGUGGCGACGUGGAAAACAUGGAGGAAAGGAGUAUGUAGACUAAACUUAAUUGCUUCAAAUUAGCUACAAAUUCAAGUAUUCGCCUUUGGAAAUUACAGUUAAUGAAAACAUUGGACAAAACUGUUAAAUAGCUUAAAAAACAGCCGCCAUUAACGGUCCUGGGCGCCGAGAGAGCCGCGGAGACUGCGAGCAGCAUUUAUGACAGGAUUUGGCAUAUGCCUGGUGAAAAAGCAGUGAAGAGUGGUGAGUCUGGCUGACUGGAGCCAGUAGAGAUGGGAGCCAACACCAGCCAGGUCAGUGACCUGUCUGAUAACCCCAGCCUCAAGUCCCUGGUAGGCACGGAGUCUAUAUCAGAGAAUGACCCUUUCUGGAACCAGCUCAUCUCCUUCACCUUCAUCAGUCCCACUAGCAGUGGAGACUCCAAGUUACUGGAAGAGGCUGUCAUCCCCCUCGCCAAGAUCCUCAAAACAGGCAGAGAGGACCUCCUCGAGGAGCUGUUGUCCAACCUCAUUCACCUGAUCGUAGAAGUGCCCCUGCUUGACAUCACCUAUAGCAUCCUGUUUGAAGCAGUGACCACGCUGCUGGUUUUCUUCUCCUAUCAGCUCUUCCACAAAGACAUCCUUCGAGAUGGAUUAAUCUACCAGCACAUCAUGAAGGGACGAUGUUUGUCUUUAACCAGUCGGCUGGUGAAGACCCUGCUCUAUAACUUCAUCCGGCAGGAGAAAUGUCCACCUCCAGCAACCCACAUCUUUGAGCCGAAAGCGGAGGGAGGCCUGCUUUACGGCCUGGCGUCAGGGGUGGCAAGUGGGCUGUGGAGUGUCUUCACAUUGGGUGGAGCCGGCAGCAAAGCUGGGAUAGACCAGGAACACAACCCCUUACCUUUAUCCAAUCAGAGCCUUCUUUUACUGCUGGUCCUAGCCAAUCUGACAGAUGGGCCUGACUGGCCCAACCCCUACCGCCAGGCUAUCACUUGUUUCAGAAACACACAAGACACAUCAUCCAUGUCCGUGGAGCAACCUCACACUUUCCAGAUCAAUUUCAACAGCCUGUACACAGCGCUGUGUGAGCAGCAGCGCUCCGACCAGGCCACGCUUCUGCUGUACACCCUCCUUCACCAGAAUGCCAACAUGAGGACAUACAUGCUCUCCAGAACCGACAUGGACAAUCUGGUGUUGCCCAUCCUCGAAAUCCUUUACCACGUCGAGGACAGAAAUUCUCAUCAUGUCUACAUGGCCCUCAUAAUCCUCCUCAUCCUGACAGAGGACGAUGCCUUCAAUCGCUCCAUCCAUGAGGUGGUGUUGAAGAACAUUUCAUGGUACACAGAGAGAACACUGACUGAGAUCUCACUUGGUAGUUUGCUCAUCCUGGUGGUCAUCCGCACCAUUCAAUUCAACAUGACCCGGACAAGGGAUAAGUACCUUCACACCAACUGUCUCGCUGCACUUGCUAACAUGUCAGCCCAGUUCCGUUGUCUCCACCAGUACGCCGCUCAGCGCAUCAUCAGUUUGUUUGCUUUGCUUUCCAAGAAGCACAACAAGGUUUUGGAGCAGGCAACACAGUCACUGAGAGGCAGACAGGGAGACAGCACAGCCUUGCCUGACUAUGCACAGGACCUGAAUGUGAUUGAGGAGGUGAUCCGCAUGAUGUUGGAAAUCAUCAACUCUUGCUUGUGCAACUCUCUACACCACAACCCCAACCUGGUGUACGCGCUGCUCUACAAGAGGGAGCUCUUUGAGCAGUUUAGGACACACCCAUCCUUCCAGGACAUCAUGCAGAACCUGGACACGGUGAUCGGCUUCUUCAGUCAGCGCCUGGAGCAGGCGGGAAGUGACCUGUCUGUUGAGAGGGUUCAGGAAGUCAUUAUGAAAGGAGCCCAGGCCCUGCCCACAGACAGACUGAAGAAGUUUCCAGAGCUCAAGUUUAAGUACGUAGAGGAAGACCAGCCCGAGGACUUCUUCAUCCCCUAUGUCUGGUCCCUGGUUUUCAACUCUGGAGUCGGCCUCCACUGGAGCCCACAUGGCAUCGAGCUGUUCAGCAUGGACUCUGGCUGAAGCACCUGCUGCAGCAGACUUGCGUGUGUCAUCAUCCCCGUUCAGUAUAAAAAAGACUGACGGCAUGUAUGAGAGUGUGUGUGUGUGUGUGUGUGUGUGUGUGUGCGUGUGCGCGCGCAUUGCCCUUUAUAGUAUGUGCACGCUGCUUUGAAAGUGCCUCGACCUUGUACAGACUGGUGUUUCUUUUUAUGCAGCACAACCUGUUUUUUUUUCCUCCUCAUAUCAUAAGAAUUUCUCUGCUUCUACACUGUGAAGCUUCAUCUGUACUGGUUAACAGUUCACACAGUAGCGCCCACUUAUGUCGGUCAGUCCUGUAGGGAGUACCUAGAACACCUGAGCAGCUUCAGCUGGUUCCACAGCACACGUCGAGUUACAUCUCUUCUGUUAAAUGUUCUGUUAAUGUGAGGAGCUCAGGACACUGGCGAUGGAUAAUCCUACUUUUUUUUUCUUGCUUAAAAAAGAAAAGGUCAAUUAAAAAACAUGCACCUAAGAGUUACACUGCUCUGGUUCAUUUACUGCUGCACUGAAUGCUAAGAAAUAGACUUCAUAUUAAAGACCUGGAAGGCAUACAACACACAUUUAGUAAUAACUUAUAUGAUAUUGAGUUUUAAGUAUCUCAUAAAUUAGCAUUUUAUUUUGACCAAUGUUCUCUGGAUACAAGGGGUUUGUAUAAAAGAUUUGUGUUUGUGAAAUAAAGUUUAAAAAAAAAAAAAGGUCAGAGAAAGAACGAUCAUCAACAGAAAGUCCUCUGUUUUGUAACAUGCAUGGUUUUCAUAUUUGAGUCCACCACUGUUGCUUGGUGGCCACCUCCAGUAGCCCACUUUGAAUUACAGUAUAAUUAAUGCUUAAUUUCAGUCCCUGGACAAUAUUAGCAGUCCGCAUUGCUCUGAUUAGUGUGACUUCAUUUUUGCUUCCAGCCCGUUUAUUUGACUUUACUCAGUAAAGUCUUUGUCGUUUCCAUUUUUCCUGAUUGUAACCCAAGGCAAGUACAUAAACUAGGACAAGUCAUUAAACCUCCUGUCCUAUUGUGCGUAAUUACAGUUGUCUCUUUGAUUUGUCACUUUAUUUGCAUGUUUAAAUAGAGACUUUGUAUUAAAUUAUUUAUUUUCAUGUAUACUGUUUUUUGUUUUGUUUUGUUUUGUUUUUUAUAUUCAGCGCCCCUCAAAACGUAAAUGGUAGUAGGACUGAAGUGACUGUUGCUAAUGAAAGAAAAAUGGUGGUACUAUACUUUGAUUUUUUCCCAGGUGGGAAACUGGCUUUAUAUUAUUACAUAUAAUAUGACAACAGCUGUCAUUUUGUGGCGAAUAUUA